AAAGAAACGUCAAGUUAGCAAUAAUAAAGUGCAAUAUUUCUGAAGGAAGAUAUUUUAUAAGUUUGUGAUUCACACACAUUACUUGGAUUAAGUAGCAAAAUGACAACGGAUGAAAAUCUUUUAGAUAUUAUGCUGGUACGUGCUACCAAUCCAGAGCAGGAACCCGUAGAUGAGCUGAGUGUGCAAAUGUUCUGUAUGGUACUACGUAGCAACUCCCAACUUAUACAGAAAGCGCAUGAGUUAUUGAUGUCUAAAGUACGUUCCAGUAAUGUUAUGGAAGCGACAAGAGCGAUUGAGUUAUUGGAAGAAUGUAUGGCUAAGUGUGGAGAUGAAUUUCAACAUGAAACGAGUAAAAAUGUGUUUUUGAAUAAUUUAAUACGUUUGGUCUCACCAAAAUAUGAAGGAGCCGAAACGCCGACAGAAAUAAAGCAACGAAUUAUGAAAUGUUUAAUGCUCUGGACAACAGAAUAUCCAAGUCGACAAAAAAUUGGUGCUGUUUAUGAAAUGCUAUCCAAAGAAUAUGUCGCGGAACCAGAAAAAACAACUACAAUUCUUAAUAGAAAAGAUAAUCUCUUAGGGAUAGAUGAAGAGAAAUUAGUAAAUUUAAUUAGAAGUAAAGAUCCGAAAAACUACGAACGUGCCAACUUGUUGAUACAGUGUAGAGUGAGUCAGGAAACGCGCCGAAAAAACUUAAUUAUGCAACAAAAAAAUCAAAUACAGGAAGUUGAUAAUUUAGUUGAGUUACUCAGUCAAUUAUUAGAUAACUAUGAAAACGAGAAAAGUAAAAAUAAUCAUCAAGAUGCAGAUACAUUAAUUUUGUUAAAAGAACUCUAUUUGGAUUGUAAAAAACAUAAACCGAUAAUGCGUCAGCUACCGGAAAUAAUUGAAAAAACUGAAGAGGAUCUUAUAGCUGAGGCACUGCAAACUAAUGACUUACUCAUUGCUGUAAUGAAAAGAUAUAAAAAUAUUGUUAAAUAUCAACCAACAGAGACAGUUGAGAGCAAUUCGAACGGAGUUGCCGCAUCCUCUUUAACUAAUUCUAGCCAUACCGAUUUACUUGCGGACUUAUUAGGAGAUAAAUCAAAUGAUAUCGAAAUAUUAACAGCAAAGAAGGUUGAAACAGUAUCAGCCGAACAAAUGAAAGUAACGACGUCUGCUGUUUUCGAUGAUUGGGCUAAAUUGUUUGACGAUAAAAAACCAACAGAGAGUGCAAAAAAUUACGAAGAUUUAUUUAGCAGUUUGGAAUUGUUAGAACCAGUAAAAGUAGAAGAGAAUAUAGCAGAUAAAAAAAUGGAACAGAAGCUGAGUAAACCAGCUUUACGUGAACUACGCGAAAUUGAUAAGAUAAGCGAAGAUCUCUUCAAAGAAAAUUUAAGCACAGAUAAACGAAUUGGCAGUUUUAAGAAAGAACCGGAGAAAAUUACACUAAAUGAUUUAGUGAAGGAAAAAACUAUUAUACCUAAUGCUGCCAACAAUUCUCCAAAUGAUAAUCGAGAAAUAAAAGAGAAUAUUUCAGUGAUUUCACCAAGUAAAGAAAGUGUCAAUCAAUUGGAUGUUGAAGAAAUAAUAAAUACUGAAUCCGAAAAACAGGAGAAUAACACUGAAAAUAUAAAUAAAGAAGAAAACGAAGAAGUUUCCAAGCAUAUAGAAAAUGUGAACAAAUUAAUUUAUUUGUCUGAAAUAAAUAUUGAGCUCGAUGAUGUAUUACUUUCCUUUAAGGAUCAUAUAUUAACAGUAACUGAUGAUAAUAUCAUUAUAACAUUACUUUUCACUAAGAAUCGUCCAAGUAAAAAUGUCGGUGUAAUUGUUGUUUCAGUAACAAAUCUAGGAAAAAUGGAUGUAAAAGACUUUCAAUUUGAAGCUAGUGUAAAAAAGCCCUGCAAAGUACGUUUGCUAGAACCAACACGCUGUGAUAUGCCGCCAUGCUCACAUACUUCUGCUCCAACAUCCAUUAAACAAGUAAUGCUAUUAUUAAAUCCAACUGGCAGUCCAGUGGAUGUGACUUGCAUUUUUGGUUACAAGCUAAAUGAAGAUCCUGAUCCUGUAAAAGAGUCGAUUGUUGCAAAAGACAUAGUGUUGUUCGAGUAACAUUUCACGAAGUGCAAUUUUUUUUAUUUACUGAAUUUCUAAGAGGAAAUUUAUUAUAAUUCAACAGAGAAAUGCUUUUGUUAUUAAUUGAACUGCCGCAGUUCUGUUAUAAUUCCAGUCAAAGAUUUUCAAGUAUUACAUUUACUUCAUAUUUAGAAAUAAAAUUAGGAUUUAGGGUCAUAGUGUGUAAUACAAUACUGAACCCUCAAAAGCUCUGUUACUACAUUAUUGCAUGUUUUUUUUUUUUUUU